AGUAGGGUAGGGUGGGGGAGAUUAGACAGCAAUGCCAAGCUGAAACGGGGUCGGGGUGGGGGAUUUUAUGAUGGUGUCAGUCAAAUGAAAAAGAAACAAGACUGUCCUGUUAGCAUUCUGUCUAAGCUCUGCCCCGCAGCUACUUGGCAAUAGCCAGGUAUGCCUGACACUAAAAAAGGGGCUGUUUGCCCCCACCCCCACUUCUUGCUCCUCUAUUUCUCUUGUUUCCUGCCCCCACUCUUUCCCCAUUCCCUUACCCCCUCUCUCCACUCGAUCAUGGCCUGCCUCUACUUCUCUCCCCCUCCCCCCUCCCUCUGCCUCUACUACCCUCUUAACUCCCCUCCCCAUGCCCUGAAUAAAUUCUAUUCUACACUAUACCAUUCUGUGGCUGGUCAAAAGAACCAACCGCUCUUUAAAAGUCACCCUUGUCAAGUUGUCACAGGAAUUUCACCUCCAUUGGAUAAAACUCCUACCUCUGGCUCUUCUCAGGCUGCAAGCUCUCCCCAAGCAACCUCUCCUCAUCUCACCUUUUGAACUCAUGUAUGGAUGUCUGGUCCUAACCUGGUCUUUUGCAAAAUGCUCUCCCCUGCCAGACCAUCUACUCAUCCCAUUGCUUUGCCACCUCCACUCUCCCCUGUGGAACUUUAUCAUCUACCUGAGCCACACACUGUCCCCAGUCCACUGCCUAUCAACAUUAGAGACCAAGUUCUGCUAUCUUCUCCAGACCAUUGGCCCUCACCCAUCUCUCCUAAAUGUCAGGGCCCUUUUAAGGUAAUUCUCAUGACUCCUACAGCUGCUAAACUUGAGGGACUCUCUCAUCCGGUCCACCUGUCACACUUCAAACUUUUCAUACCUUCACAUAAAAAUUCUUCAUACACGUCGACCCUAACAGGACCAUGCUCCAGAAGACAUCAAGACCACCCACCUUAUCCCCAAUUCCAGAAAAUGAGAUUCCACUCCAGUAACUGCGCUCGCUCUACCCCACUGCAUUAGACAGGGGCCUCUCAUCCUCCCCCUGCUGUUUGUUUCCAUUCAGGGCAGCCCUUACAUCUGGAGAUUGGAGGUUCAAGAAACCUCCACAGAUAACAGUCUUUCUAAUUUUUUCCUUCUUAAUUAAACCAAAAAACGGGGGAAUGUUAGCACUCUGUCUAAGCUCCACCCCACAGUUACGUGGCAACAGCCAGGUAUGCCUGACACUAUAAAAGGGGCUGUUUGUUCCACACUCUUGCGCUCUCUCUCUCUCUCUCUCUCUCUUUCUCUCUCUCUCUCUCUCCCUCCCUCCCUCCUCCCCUCCCCCUCUCUCUCCUUUCUUUUUUUAAAAAGAUUGAUUGAUUGAUUGAUUGAUUGAUUGAUUGAUAUGACUACACUGUCCCUUUCUUCAGACACACCAGAAGAGGGCAUCAGAUCCCAUUACAGAUGGUUGUGAGCCACCAUGUGGUUGCUGGGAAUUGAUCUCAGGACCUCUGGAAGGGCAGUCAGUGCUCUUAACUGCUGAGCCAUCUCACCAGCCCUCUCUCUCCUUUCUUGCUUUUGCCUUCCUGUCCCCAUUUUCUCCCCAUUCCCUUACCCCCUCUCUCCACAUGCUCAUGGCUGGCCUCUACCUCUCUACUCCUCUUCUCUCUCCCUCUUUCUGCCUUUCUCUGCCUCUGCUACCCUCUUAACUCCCCUCCCCAUUCCCUGAAUAAACUCUAUUCUAUUGUGUCUGGUCCCUCAGGGGGAAGGGAUGCCUCAGCAUGGGCCCCCAAAGGCACCCCUUUCCUCCAUACUGACUACACCUCCAUAGACAUAGCCCCCUCUCUUUAUCUUUUUAUAAACACAUCACCCUCUCUCUAGAGACAGCCCUCCCAGCCCUGUUUGGCCCAGGGCCAUGUCUCCCUUCUCACAGAUCAGUCCUUAUCACUGCAGAGAGCUUUCAUUUGGUCCUUGACACUGAUAAAGGCUAUUGCCAGGACUUACACGCCUAGUUUCUGGUGUUGGCAAGGGAUCCUGCUUGGCUUUGAUGUUCACCUUUUUACAGACUCAUCUGAUGGCUGAAGGACUUUCCGAAACGGAGCUGGUGUAGAUGGGCAUAGAGAUCAGUUGGUAGAGCACUUGCCCAGCAUACACAAAGCCCUAGGUUGGAUCCCCAGAACCACCAGGCCACAUAUCCCAAUCAAUGGUCCACAUACAUAAUCCUAGACCGGAAGAUGGAGGCAAGAGAGUCAAGAGUUCAAGGACAUCUUUGGAAUUAAAGUCUGGCCUGGGAUGAAUAAGACCAUGUAUGAAGCAAAAAAAAGGGGGGGGUGUGUGAAGGGAUUUGUUGAAUUCAGCUAUUUGGAGCCUCACCUAUGCACAAACCGUCUUAACCAGUUAUCUAUAACCAAAACUGAGUUUGUCUAAACCACUAAGGGAGAAAAACUGAUGGACAAACCCAGGCAUCUAGUAGGGAACAAUCAGAUCAUAUAGCUAAAACCUCCUAACUAUGCCGAGAGGGUGAUACUGUGCCCAACCUUUAGCAGAAAGAUCAGCUCAUCAACCACAGUUCAAAGGAAAUCACACAGCUGCCUCCACCUGAGUUGGCACCAUCCUUCCAUACCAACCUUACAUUCGGGCUGUGGCCUUUCCCCCUUAUUCCCUCCUUCCCAUCUGAUAAUUCUAGUUCUCUAAUCUGCUUAAGUGACUGCCAAACGCAGACACGUGCGUAAAGUGCAUCAGUGGUGGGCAUAAAACAGAGUAAAAUCCAUGCGUUUGUUUGCAUGCCCAAAGACAUUACUAUGCGUCUAUGCAUGAAAACAAUCACUGUGGGGAGAGAAGGAAGCUGAGUACCUGGUCGACCAGGAUGGGAGAAAACAUUUCACCAUAUACCUUAAAGCUAGUGUGUGUGCAUGUGUGUGUACCUGGUCAUAUAGCUGUGUGCAUGGGGGCUAUAUGUGUGUGGGGGGGGUAUAUGUGGAUGUGUUUAUGUAUGUGUUUGGAGGCUAGAAAUUAAUAGAGGUGUCUUCCUCAGCCACUUUUUGAAACGGGAUCUAUCUCUCACCGAACCUGGAACUCGUCGAUUUCACUAUGCUAGCUGGUGAAGAAAUUCCAGUGACCCACCUAUAUCCACUGUCUCAAAACCAGGUUCACGGACAGGUACCACUGGGCCUGGCUUUUGCAGGAGCCAGAAGAACUCAGGUACCCACACUUGCACAGCGGACACUUUAAAACUGAGCCAUCUCUCAGGCCUCCUCAAGUGUUUUUUGAGCAUGUGACAGAAUUGCCUAUUCGAAGGUAACUGUGAGAAGAAAAUCGGGAGAAACCCUGUUUUUGUUGUUGUAGCUUGGUGCAGGAUAUGCCCCUAACCUAGAUCACUGUUUCCUGUGGUCACCAGCGCUCAGUGUGUGUGCUGUCUACUCACAAUCCCUUGCCCCUCUAGAUUAAAAGCCCAGACUGCCUGUUCUGCCAUCAUAAAACAUCUAACGUGAAGCCUUUCAGAAAGGAGAUACUUAAAACAUACUCGUAUAAGAUUACUGGCAGAUAAAAAGAGAAAAAUGGGGGCUGGGGAUUUAGCUCAGUGGUAGAGCGCUUACCUAGGAAGCGCAAGGCCCUGGGUUCGGUCCCCAGCUCCGAAAAAAAGAACCAAAAAAAAAAAAAAGAGAGAAAAAUGUCAAUGAUAGUACCUAGAAAUGUUCUGGUGAAAUUGGCACACCCAUGCUUAACAUAACUAUGGGCAGUUUAAAAUUUGCAGAACCAUUUUGCAAAGCGACAUUGCAAUAUAUAAUAAGAAAAACAUUUGCGCUAUACAGUCUAGUUGGAUUUUAAUUUUUUCAAACACCUAUUUUUAAUCAUAGUUCUUUUUUUUGGUACUUAUUAUCACUUUUAUUUACAACAAAUUAUUCCCAAUUUCUUCUGCUCAAUAGUUCUUUGAGACAAUCCAUCAGCCUUAGCCAAUCGGAGAAUAAAACCAUCUGACUCGCCCAUCCUGUGAAUGGCCCUGCAAAAUGCCAUAGGUUUUUUGUUUUGUUUUGUUUUUUUUUAUUAACUUGCGUAUUUCUUAUUUACAUUUCGAGUGUUAUUCCCUUUCCCAGUUUCCAGGCCAACAUCCCCCUAACCCCUCCCCCUCCCCUUCUGUAUGGGUGUUCCCCUCCCCAUCCUCCCCCCAUUGCCGCCCUCCCCACAACAAUCACGUUCACUGGGGGUUCAGUCUUAGAUGCCAUAGGUUUUAAACUGGCCAUUAAACUGGCCUGUGCCCCUGUCGAUCUCAGCCACAUUCAUCUGGAAGGACGUGUGGUCCUUGGCAGCAAUGAUGUGGUUGCUCCAGGAAGCAUUUCUGCAGCACGUACAGAUUCACAAACUCACUGGCGGCGGCAUUCUGCAUACUGAGGACAUCCCUGCUCACAGGUCUACUAAGAAUGCAGAAAGUUAAUGACAGUUCUUAAACACUUUAACCUCUUUUGUAGCCCAUCACCCACUGGAGAUAGUGGGAAAAAAAGGAUGGGGUGGGGGGGGAGAUGGACCUAUAUAGUAAGGUUCUUUGAAGCAAUUCCUAUCUGUGUUGUCUGGAAAUUGGCAGUUCAGUUCACCAGUUAGCAGGCGGCAGCAGCUCAGUCUACUCAAAAUUUCUUUAUGGCUAGACCAGAAGUUCAGAUUGGUAAGUAGGAAUAGAGAACAAGAAUCAGCAGUGGUGAUACUUCCUAGCAGAGUCAGCAGUCCUCUCAGGGAAGCAAAGAUCAGCGAAGAUGCAAGACCAACAAGCACUGCACAGCUGGUUGUACAUGCAAGCCAAGCUCAGCUGCCAUCACUGUCCAUCAAGUCCUUUUUAUACUCUCUCCAAGCAAUCAUGUGUCCUCCACGGGUCUCAGCAUCGGUCUCAGCUGACAUCACUCUGCCAAUCAGCCUGAGUCCACAGAAGUGCAAGAAGCCACAGCACACCACCAGAAGAUAUUAGGUGCAUUUCUCUCUAUGGAGUCCUGACAAAUGCAGCUCAACUAUGCAAUGUAAGGCGGCCAAUACAUGGGUGUCCUUAGCAAAAAAAUCUCUCAUCAUGUGUCCUUUCAUGUACUUGCUUUAGCAGAACAUCCUCUCUCCAUGUCUGCUUCAGCGAAAUAUUCCUUUACGUGUUUGCCCCAGCAAAAAUACCAUCCAAAGGACUUUCCCUUAAGUUUCCACGUCACCUAGUGAUUUACCUUUUGUGGAUUUUAGUCUAAGAAAAUCGUUCCAAGGAAGAAAGAUGCAUUAAGUGUCUAUAAAUACCACACAAUUUUUUUGUGUUUUUUUUUAAAUUUUAAAAAGCAAUCCAGUUAUAUUACAACCCAUAAUUGGGGAAAGUAGAAAAUUCAAAACUAGAAACACUGACUGUGUUUAUGAUUUGUUAAACUUCUUUUAAUGCUAUUAACAUUGUACAGAGGCAAGAUACUAAGAAGUAACUUGAGUUUUUUUCCUUGCUGUGUAACUGUGGUCAUCAGUUUUACUGUCGACUUGAUGCAAUCUAGAAUCUCUUGGAAAGGGAAUCUCAAUAAGGAAUUGUCUGAAUUGUGUUAGAUAGUGGGAUAUAACUGUGAGGGAUUUUUUUCUUAGCUGGAUUUACUGGAGUUGGGAAACUUACCCUGAAUGUGGGAAGCACCAUUUCAUAGGGUGGGUCCUGGUCAGUGUGAAAAGGAGAAAGCCUGCUGAGCACUGCCAGGCAUGCACCUGUUACCCCUCUGCUCUUGACUCAGUGUGAUGAGACAGGCUGCUUCCAGUUCUUGCCUUCCCUGUUAUGAUGCUCUGCAACCUGAACUGCGAGCGAAAACAAACCCUUUCUCUCCUAAGUAGCUCUUGUCAGAAUAUCUUAUCACAGCAAUGGGCAAGGAACUAACACUUGCUCCUGCCCAAUUUGGAGUGCUAAUAGGAGGCAGUCAUUGCUCUCUUGGAGUUGCAAUGGUGAGACUCAAGAGCAGAGAUGCCAAAUUCUCCUUUCAACAAUUCAACUUCAUAUGUAAGACAAAAUAUCUUGAAGGGCAAAACAGCCUAAGAAUAAACACAUUGUUCCACUAAAAACAGACUUAGAGAAGCCAACCCAUCCCCAGACAAGGAACUCUAGAGAAGGCUCUGAGAAAGACAUGCCAGGGUCUGAAAUGGAGAGGGGGAAACCCUGCUUCUAGAACCAGUUUCUCAGGGGGCUUAAGCAGCAGGUAACAAUUUACCAUAUAAUGUACAUGACACUGGAUUUACCUGUGACUGAGCAAAAUUAUGCUUUUUGUUCCUACAUGAGUGAGUCACAUAAGUCCAGGUUGAGUUGAACUACAUAAAAACUAAGACAAUUCCAUACAUGUAGCUUGAAAAUGUUUCUCUGCUCACAUGUAAAAUGCACAUACACAACAAAAGGCUGGAGCUAGUGGCUGGGUUUGCUGAAGGACAUCGGCUGUAGAGUUUGUGAACGAAGAAGAAGAUUGAAGUCAUGGCUGGUCCAGAAAGUGAUGGCCAAUUCCAGUUCACUGGUAUUAAAAAAUAUUUCAACUCUUAUACCCUCACAGGUAGAAAGAAUUGUGUCCUGACCACAUAUGGAGGCAUUGCUUUGUUGGUCCUAUACUUUAAGUUAAGGCCUAAAAACACCCCAGCUGUGAAAGCAACAUAAAUGGAUUUUGAAAUGUCUGGCCUCAUCUGUUAAGUCCCAUGCCUGAAGAAGCUGAUGUGAACUCAUCAUGUAAUACUCAAUAUGUACAAUAAACUAUGAAUCUGUAAAAAAAAACAAAA